AAAAAGAACUGAAUUAAAUAAAUUAAUAAAUUAAAGAAAAGAGAGAAAAAGAGGGAAAAGGGCAAACCAGAGAGAGAAAGCGUAGGAAAAGUUUCCCUCUUCUUUCUUUCCCCCCCUCUCUUCCCUCUUCUUCUCCUUCUCCAAACUCUUGGAGAUCUUCCUCUUCUGCAUUCUCUUUGUUAUCUCUCUUUCUCUCUGUCUCUGGGAGAGGAAUCAUAAUAACAUAACAAUACUAAUCCCCCCCAUUAAGCAGAGAUCGAGAGAUAAUAACUGCACAGAAAACACCAUUGAUUCAUUCAUAUACUGACAUAUACAUAUCUAUACAAACAGAGAGCGACUCUGUUCUCUCAUUCGCCUGCUUUUAGUUUCUGGGUUUGCUGAAUUCCAUGGAAAAGCUCUGAAAUUUGCUAUUUCUCGUACUGGGUUGGUGUUAAGAAAGCCUUUUGGAGGAAGGAAGAAGAAAUGGCGACGGAGCAAAGCUCUCCGCGUAACUCUCUGGUUUCAGUCGUGGAGGACGUUCUUCAGAAACAUGGAAUUCGAAGGAUUGAUUCGGCAUCGAAAAAAGUCGACGAAACUUCGGCUAGGCGGUACGAAGCGGCAGAAUGGCUAAGAAAGAUGGUGGGAGUCGCUGGGGGAAGCAAAGAUUUGCCGUCGCAGCCAUCGGAGGAGGAAUUCAAGCUUGGAUUGCGAAGUGGGAUCAUCUUGUGCAAUGUGCUUAAUAAGGUUCAACCUGGGAGGAUCGCUAAGGUAGUAGAAGGCCCUGGUGAUUCAUACAAUACGGCUGACGUGGCACCACUAUCAGCAUACCAGUACUUCGAGAACAUGAGGAAUUUCCAUGUAGCUGCUGAGGAAAUGGGGCUUCCAUCCUUUGAAAACUCUGACUUGGAGCAGGGAGGAAAGUCAGCAAGGGUUGUGAACUGUGUUUUGGCACUCAAAUCGUACUACGAAUGGAAGCAAAAUGGAGGAACUGGACCAUGGAAGUAUGGUGGAACCCCUAAACCAGCAGCCUCACCUUUUGGGAAGUUUACAAGGAAGACUACUGAGCCAUUUGGGAAUAGAGGAUCAUCGUCGCCUUCUGGUGGCGAUGGAGAUGCUAAUCGUGAUGAUUCUGAAGCAGCGGGACCUCGUUCGUUGAACAUGCUAGUUCAGGCAGCUCUUUCACAUAGAAACCAGGAAGAAAUCCCCAAUAUUGUGGAAUCUAUGCUGAGUAAAUUGAUGGAGGAGUUUGAGCGUCGGCUGGCAACUCAAAGUGAAGCGAUAAAGGCAGCAGAGAAGGAAGUUGCAGUAUCAACUGCGGAAUAUUCUCCUCCCGAAUCUCCUUCUAGCGAUGCGAAGAUGGAAGAUCAAGCUUCUCCACAGAUGAAUAGGGAGGAUCCUUACCGUGUGGAGUCGGGCAAUUUGCAGUAUUGUACGUAUGAGGAAUUGGAUGAACUGAGCCAUGAAUCUAAGAGAAAGCUUGCGAGACGGAGAAUGUUUGUUGAACAACAACAGAUGUACAUUCAGGAACUGAGACGAAACCUCCAUGCAACGAGAUCAGGAAUGCAGCUUAUGCGGACAAAGUACUUGGAGGAGUUUAACAACCUAGGGAAGCACUUGUAUAGUCUCGCUCAUGCCGCUUCAGGAUACCAAAGAGUCCUUCAAGAGAAUCGCAAGUUAUACAAUCAAGUACAGGACCUGAAAGGAAACAUUAGAGUAUACUGUAGAGUGAGACCAUUUUUGCCAGGGCAAGCUAGUCGAUUCAGUUCUGUGGAUCACAUAGAGGAAGGAAAUAUCUCAAUUAUCACACCUUCAAAGUAUGGGAAAGAAGGGAGGAAGAGUUUCAGCUUCAACAAAGUUUUCGGACCUAUGGCUACUCAAGCUGAAGUGUUUGCAGAUACGGAGCCAUUGAUUCGUUCUGUUCUUGAUGGGUAUAAUGUCUGUAUCUUCGCUUAUGGCCAAACUGGAUCUGGGAAAACUUACACCAUGAGUGGUCCAAACGAGCUUACGGAAGAAAGCCUAGGUGUCAACUACAGGGCAUUAAGUGAUCUUUUCCAGUUAUCAGCUCAACGGAAAGAAGUUAUCAGCUAUGAGAUCUCAUGUCAGAUGCUCGAAAUUUACAAUGAGCAAGUGAGAGAUCUCCUUACAAGUGACGCUCUCAACAAAAGAUAUCCUUUCCCUAUUGUCCUGCAUACAUUAGAAAUACGCAACAGUUCUAGCAAUGGAAUCAAUGUACCUGAGGCUGUCCUAGUACCAGUUUCAUCAACUUCUGAUGUCAUAAACUUGAUGAACACCGGGCAUAAGAAUCGUGCAGUGAGUGCUACAGCUAUGAAUGAUCGGAGUAGUCGAUCCCAUAGCUGCCUGACUGUUCAUGUUCAAGGAAGGGAUCUGACAUCCGGAAAUGUAAUUCGUGGCUCCAUGCAUUUAGUUGAUCUUGCCGGCAGUGAAAGAGUAGACAAGUCUGAGGUGACGGGAGACCGAUUGAAGGAGGCUCAGCAUAUCAACAAGUCCCUUUCUGCAUUAGGAGAUGUGAUUGCUUCUCUUGCAGUUAAAAGCAAUCAUGUUCCUUACAGGAACAGUAAACUCACACAGUUACUCCAAGACUCACUCGGCGGGCAAGCCAAGACACUAAUGUUUGUCCACAUAAGUCCUGAGCCUGACGCUCUUGGAGAAACACUCAGUACAUUGAAAUUCGCUGAACGGGUUGCUACUGUUGAGCUUGGUGCAGCUAAGGUUAACAAGGAAAGCACAGAGGUUAAAGAUCUCAAAGAUCAGAUUGCUAGCCUCAAGGCAGCUCUGGCAAGGAAAGAAGGAGGGGAAAUGGACCAAUCCCAACAUUCUGGAUCAAGUACUCCAGAAAGAUUCGGAUCAAAGACUGGUGGAGCUUCUCCUACCCAGCACAGUUGGCAUGGUGGAAGUAGCAGCAUGUCAAAUGGUCAUGGGCAAGCAACGGAAGAAGCCAGCAGCAACCAGGGUAUGAAAAACUUAACAUCAUCACUGUCCAUGGGACGAAGGAGAAGCUUGGACCCUUAUGAUUUACGAGUAAACCCACCGCCAACAUGGCCAGCCAUUGAAAGGGCAGCAUCAGAGAAUGGGAAGGAAGAUGACAAGGAGUCAUGUUCAGGUGAGUGGGUUGAUAAGGCAGUGGUGAACAAGAAUUAUGAGCAGUGGGAGGCGGAGAACAUCAGACAAUUGCCAGAUCCAUUUCAUCAGGGUUUUGCCAGGAUCCAUCCUGAAGUGUCAUCAUUUAAUUAUAAACCUGCAGCAAACAACAACAGAAAGGACAGCUACCAGCAGCACCACCAAGAUUUCGAUGCGAGGAGCAGCAGGUGUGAAGUAAUGUCCACUGAUGGUUCGGAUGAUCUAGACGCCGGCACCAGUGAUUCAUCUGAGCCAGACUUGAUGUGGCAGUCUUCUUCUGCUGCUGCUUCAAAUGUUGCUAGAAUGUCCAACCCCAGCAGCCUUCCCACCUUAGCAGGAGGCGGUGGUACUAAAGUAAAGAAGCUGAAUACUAAGUCAUUGAAGACCACAGAGAUCAGGAGUAUGAUCCCAUCGUUGAUUCCUUCUCCUUCAUCAACUGCAAAGAAAAUACCUAAUGGGGUUAGUUUGGGGCUAAAGAAGCCACAAAAGCAACAAAUCCUGAUGGAUGGGAAGAGGAAAAGUGGGUUUGCAAAGUGAUCCAUCAUGAUGAGGAGAGAACGAUAUUUUGUGUAUAAAGAUUGUGGAUUUGAGGAACUAUCAAACAUGGGAAACUCUUAUGAUGAUGUUUCACUUUGAGGUUUUUUCUUUUGGUUUAGUAUAUAGAGAAAAAAAGAAAGCACAGACAGAGAGGAGUGGGGGAAUUGAGAGAGAUGAGGAUAUGUUUUUUUUUCCUUUCUAUUUUUUGAUUUGUGGGUUGGUUUGAGAGAAUUUAUUGAAGAAAGGCAAUCUUUUUUGCUUGUGUUGCCCUUUCCUGUUUGUUGGGUGGUUGAUUUUAUUGAAGUGACCAAAAGAAAGAAAUGAGAAUUGUAGAGUGUCUUUCUCUUCCAACUUUACCACUCUUUGUGAACUCCUCAACUUUGGUUUUGGUUUGGUGUUCUUUAACUUUUUGGUAGAGUGGUUUGAGAAUUAGUUUUGCAUUUGAUCAUUUGAAAGUGAACGAGUUGAAAUUAAAUACGGAAGUUGAAUUGAG